GCAGCAGCAGCGGUGCAAAAAGCCCCCUCCAGAGAUGCUGGGAGUCAAGAUCCACCCUGUCCUCUGCCUUCUCCACACUCGAUCCCUAGGAAGAUUGUGGAUUCCAGCCGCUCGCAGUCUCCAGCCAAGGGAGGUGCCCUCUGAGCUAGCUACGGAAGGAGGCGGAGAUUGGAUCAUCUGAGGAGGAGAGGGAGGGACCGACGCUCCUGGAGCUGGUGGCUGCAGGCGCCCUGGGCUGCCACCGUCUCUGGGCGGAGCUGCACCCAGAGCCUGGACUGUAUUGAGACCGUGUGAAUGUUCGCGUGGACUAGGGCCGCGCGGGCCCCGCGCCUCCUACGGCUUGUUCCCGCGUGCUGCUGUGUAUGUUUGCUUCUUGUCACUGUGCGCCGAGAGACAGAGGGACUAUGAAAAUGAUUCAUUUUCGGAGCUCCAGCAUCAAAUCACUCAACCAAGAGAUGAAAUGCACCAUUCGGCUGCUGGACGACUCGGAGGUCUCCUGCCAUAUCCAGAGGGAGACCAAAGGGCAGUUUCUUAUUGAGCACAUCUGCAACUACUACAGCUUGCUGGAGAAGGACUACUUCGGAAUUCGCUAUGUGGACCCAGAGAAGCAGAGGCACUGGCUAGAACCUAACAAGUCCAUCUUCAAGCAAAUGAAAUCUCAUCCACCAUACACCAUGUGCUUUAGAGUGAAAUUCUACCCACAUGAACCCCUGAAGAUUAAAGAAGAGCUCACAAGAUACCUUUUAUAUUUGCAAAUUAAAAGAGACAUUUUUCAUGGUCGACUGUUAUGCUCCUUUUCUGAUGCUGCCUAUCUUGGUGCUUGUAUCGUUCAAGCUGAGUUUGGUGAUUAUUAUCCUGAUGAGCAUCCUGAGAAUUAUGUCAGUGAGUUUGAGAUUUUCCCCAAGCAGUCACAGAAGUUGGAAAGAAAAAUCAUGGAAAUUCAUAACAAUGAACUCAGAGGUCAGAGCCCAGCGAUUGCUGAAUUCAACUUACUCCUGAAAGCUCAUACAUUGGAAACUUAUGGGGUGGAUCCUCACCCAUGCAAGGAUUCAAGAGGUGCUACAGCAUUUUUAGGAUUCACCGCAGCAGGGUUUGUGGUAUUCCAGGGAAAUAAGAGAAUCCAUUUAAGAAAAUGGCCAGAUGUUUGCAAAUUCAAGUUUGAAGGGAAGACAUUUUACGUGAUUGGCACCCAAAAGGAGAAAAAUUCUGUCUUGUCAUUCCAUACUUCAACACCAGCUGCGUGCAAGCAUCUAUGGAAAUGUGGGGUAGAGAACCAAGCCUUUUACAAGUAUGCCAAGUCAAGUCAGAUCAAGACUGUGUCGAGCAGCAAGAUAUUUUUUAAAGGAAGUAGAUUUCGAUAUAGUGGUAAAGUUGCCAAAGAGGUGGUGGAGGCAAGCUCCAAAAUCCAGAGGGACCCUCCUGAGGUGCACAGAGUCAACAUUACUCAGAGUCGCAGUUCUCACUCCUUGAACAAACAGCUCAUCAUUAACAUGGAGCCCCUGCAGCCCCUACUGCCUUCCCCCACUGAACAGGAAGAGGAAGAUCCUGUGACUGAGGGUGCCCCAUUGCCAAAAGAAGAUGUUUCUGAGCCACUGACUGUCAGCUCACCAGUGAAGGGAGCUCGGUGUGCAGAUCCUCUGAGUGAAGAGGAAGAUAAAGUGGAAGACCCCUUGACCAUCUCUGAACUAGCGUACAAUCCCAGUGCCAGCCUGCUCCCUACCCCAGUGGAUGAUGAUGAAAUCAACAUGCUCUUUGACUGUCCAUCUAGGCUCGAGUUAGAGAGAGAAGACACAGAUUCAUUUGAGGAACUGGAAGCAGAUGAGAAUGCCUUUCUGAUGGCUGAAGAGGAGGAGCUGAAGGAAGCUCGCCAAGCUUUGUCAUGGAGCUAUUCCAUCCUGACUGGCCAUAUCUGGGUCAACCCCCUGGUCAAGAGUUUCUCCAGGCUCCUUGUGGUGGGCCUGGGACUGCUGCUGUUUGUAUUUCCCCUGCUCCUCCUCCUUUUGGAGUCAGGUAUUGAUCUCUCCUUCUUAUGCGAAAUCCGUCAGACACCCGAGUUUGAGCAGUUUCACUAUGAAUAUUACUGUCCGCUGAAAGAGUGGGUGGCUGAGAAGGUCGACAUCUUUCUCUGUAUGCUCGGUUUUUCAUAGGUUCAUAUCUGAUGAAACUAAGGGCUAUCUUCAAUAGUAGUGGUAUCAUUUUCAGUAGGUUUUGGUUAGCUUUUUCUCUUAACUAAAUGCUCAAACCUUGAAAUUAAACUUAAGUAAAUUUAAAUCAAAUAUAACUCUUUUAGUUAUCCUUCAGAAAGGCAGCCUUGAAGUAACCAAAAAAAGAAAAAUCUCCUUAUCAUGCCAUAAUAUAUAGUACAUUGGAGUUAGGUAUUCCUGUUUAUUGUGAGCUAUAAUGUUCAGAAUCAGAAUUUUAGUAAAAAUCUUUUUAAUAUAACCUUUGGUGAAAAUAAUGUCCUCCUACUGAUGCCUAUACAAAUAAGUUGAUGCUGGGGUUUUUUCAGUUUUUUUAAAAAAAUAUUUUUAUGUGUUCUAACUAUUUUGGUAAAUUUUUAGCAAAAAAAAAAAGCUUUCUGGAGUUAUUUAAGUAUACAUAUUGUAAAACUAAUGCACAUGGAAUUUUUUAGUGUUUUCGCACCUGAUUUUUUUAAAGAUAUUUUUUGGCUAACUAAUCCCAUAAUUUAUUACCUGCAUAUGACUUUGUAAAAAGAUAGUAAAAAAAACUAUAGUAAGCAUUCAAAAAAAGAUGAUUGAACUAGAAGAUGUGAGCAAUGAGAACCCUGAGUUGACAUUGUGGGGUCCAGUUUUCAAAGUUUUAGACAAGAUAAUCCUAUAGUUUCAUUUGCAUUUUGCCCAUAUAUUUAAGCUGGGAAAGCAGAGUGUUUUUAAAAGAAAUUGAUGCUACUUACAAUAGUGAAAUUGUGAAAGAUCCACUAGUUAAUUCUUUAUUGUUUACUAAUCUAUGUGAAAGCAGGCAGGAGUUUGACAAAUAGAAAGUAGCAAAGAAGAGUUCUGGUGAGACGGCUAGGCCAGAGGUGAUAAACUUAUGGUUUCUUUUAUAGAAGUGAUGGUGAUAUAUGGCACUCAAUGUAAAGAGCUGCGCAUUCACUUUCUGGGUUCACAAAAUCAUGUUUAGUUAAUAAAAGUGGAGAAAUUUUAAGGUGAAUUUUUGGGAUCCCUCAUGCUUUCAUUGUCUGGAUGAAAUUUCAAGGUGUGUGUGUGUGUGUGUGUGUGUGUGUGUGUGUGUGUGUGUGUGUGUGUGUGUA